GAUUUCUCUCUCACCCCAGUUGGGACGGGCAGCCCAUCCUUGCUUCACAUCUCGGAAUACAUAGCAGAAUGUUACAGAGUCCUGGAAACCACCGGCGUUUCGUACCAAGUGAGUCUCAGCAAAAAAUGCCAAGUUUGCCUGGCAAUGCAGCAAUGCCACUCAGUGUUGCACCAGAAAGGCGCUCCCCGCGUUUGCACCGCGGUCCACAUCGAGACUAGCCUGACAAAGGCGGAUUCUCCUCACAAGAGAGUGAAGAAGGUGAAAGAUAUCUUACCGAAAUAG